GUUCUUUUUUUUUGCACUUCACCUUGCACACCUUUGACCUUCGCCAAAUUCUAUUGCCCUCGCCAAAUUCGUAAUCCUUUUUCCAGCAACCAUACAUACUACAACCAUGCUCAACAAAGACACUAAGGUCGCCAAGGAUACCGAAGACACGAGCGCCGUCUGCUCCUGCCCCAUCCACGAUGGCCUCACUCUUGAGUCGCUCUCUCGUAAAGUGUGCGAACUCCAGCUCGAGGUGUUCCGUCUGAAAGCCUCUCAGGUCCAGCAGUCCGCGAGCGACCCUGUACCAUCCUAUUCCUCAUCCGUCCUGCUGGCAGAAGGACCCGCAACUGUGAACCAAGGUCCACCUCAGAGUGUCGCUCAGGAUGAUGUGCUUCUUGGUGAGCUGCAGCGAGGCUUGGUUGCAGCCGCAUCAUCCUUGGCGGAGCUGUCUUCUGCCAUCGCAGCGGUCUCCCAGACGAACAACGCAGCCGAGACAGCUCAACCGCAGGACGUAUUGGUGGACCGACCCGAGGAAGUCGAGCAAACGCUCGCAGCACUGUCCUUUCCCUCAACGCCGACUACUGGGGACCAUCAAGACCAACAACAGCCUAGGGACCAGAAGCGGAACCAGGAGCCGGAGUCAAACCAGUUGCAAUCAGUCUUUGCUGAAAUCGACUCUACGGAGAGAGCGUUCCUUUUGGCCAAAAUCGAGUCCAUCAAACGGGCAAUGAUCGACAUUGAGCUAUACACACCGCAAGGCACAGAAAAGCCAGCGGCACCGAAUCCUACAACAACUGACAUCGAUGUCUAUAUCGCCUGGUGUAAGUCUUCCAAUGGUGAAGACUACAGGGCACGACUUUUCGAGCUAAUCGAGAGCUUUCGAAAGAAGGAGAAGCAGGAGAGGGCAAAAGUGUGCGCCACGGACAGAAUGGUGUAUGAAAACGACGUUUCACCCCUCAGACAAUAUCUGCAGUUUAAGAUUGCUUUUGUCAAGCAGGCUAUAUUCGAUUUCCAGCCCCAAAAGGCAGCAGGGAAGAAGUGGCCGGAUCUCCCUUCCGAUCCCUACUCUAUGGAUGUCGACAUGUUUCUGCUUCGAUAUGUUCAAACACCUGCCUAUAUACCUCCCUAUAUACCUCCUCGAAAGGCACUUCAGCAUUCGAAAAAGCAACUCGCGUCACACGCUACGGGAUGCCACGGUUACGAAAAUGACGCUGUUUGUCUAUUAGACGAUUUGCGGAGUCAGGAUGAAGAAGAGAGACAACAUCAGACCUUCCGAAGGAAUAGUAGAUUUCCGCACGCACAGCCCAAGCUGAAGCUUUGAUUAACAGCUCAUCAAAUAAAAUUCGAAGGUUUUUAAAAGGCUUUGCCAGCUUACGAU